UGGUUGUUUGUUUGUGUUUGAUUGAGCAGGUUCAAUAUGGCCAGUGAUAGUAGCAGUAGCAGCAAGCGCAAGCUGAUAUUCAGCAUGCUCACCUUUCUCAAUGAUGAAAUGAACUCUGACCUGGUGGACUCAGACGCCAAGGAAAGUCUCGAAGUGGCGACACAGUGUCUAGAGAACGUGUACAGCGUAUCACUUACCAAUCCAGAAGAUAGAAGACACUUGUUCACACCAACUUCCAUCCAGUCCAUCUUCGAAGCAUAUCUAGUCCAACACGACAAGCCAACGUCCCCUGAAGACAAGGCAGAAGCUGAGAAACUCAAAAACGAAGGUAAUGAAUUAAUGAAAGUAGAAUCCUAUUCAGAAGCAGUAGCCAAGUACACAUCUGCAAUUGAACAUGAUCCACGCAAUGCUGUUUAUUAUAGCAACAGAGCUGCAGCUCACAGUAAGAUGGGUAACCACAGCCAAGCCAUCGAUGACUGCGAGAUGGCAUUAAGGAUAGACGACAAAUAUAGUAAGGCCCACGGCAGAAUGGGGCUAGCUUACACUGAGAUGAAAGAGUACGCAAAGGCAAUCGAGGCCUACCAAAAAGCUCUGGAGUUCGACCCAUCGAAUGAAAGCUAUAAGAAUAAUCUGAAGGUUGCACAGGACUUGGCGGCAAAGGCAGCAUCUGCACCGCCAUCAUCUGGCGCGACUUUGGGCGGCAUGGACCUAGGCAGUUUGAUGGGUGGAGCUGCUGGCGGUGGUCUGGGCAAUAUUCUGUCCAAUCCCGAAUUUAUGAACAUGGCAACUAAGUUUAUGCAAAACCCUCAAAUUAUGAACGCCUUUAGUUCUGCCAUGCAGCAGAACCCCGGUGGCAGUGGAAGUAGCGGGGGGACCGGUGACGGGGAGCCCCCAAACAUGAAUGCGUUCCUUCAGAUGGGACAACGCUUAGCAGAACAAAUUGAAAGGGAGGACCCUGAGCAAGUAGCUAGACUGCGUGAACAAUUCGGAGGCAUGAGGCCGCCAAACCCUGAAGAUGAAAGCGAAGGAGGAAGUGCUUAAUAAUUGUUUUAUGACAUUACUGGCCUGAAGAAUGAGACAAAGCAUCCAACUAAUUAUAUCAAAAACAAACUUAGCACCAGAGACCACAAAGCAUCAUAAUUGUCAUAUUUAAUGUUUUAUUGCUAGAGUUGCCGAGAUCAGGAUAGUCAAUGAAUUGUACCGGUACUUGUGGUUGGUUCCGUGUUAAACUUAAUAUUGUGUCACUGUUUCGGAUAGUUAUUUAAUAAAAAUGUUAAAUAAAUUUUUCAAUGCUU